GAGACUCGCGCGCGGCUGUCAUACGCGGACCCGAGAAAAAAAAAAAAAAAAAAAAAUUCCCUGACUGGACAUUACUACUACCUUUAUUUAAAUAGAUAUCGCUACAGCUUAGAGCUGUUUACCGUAUCUGUUGAGAGUUUAAACCUGGGACAUACUUAGUACCCAAGGACCAAGUCUACUCGUGCGAGGGGUUUGACUUUAGUAGAGUUUUGUUUGGAGAACUCUCGUUGCGUUUGGUCUCAGCGAAAUAUACGAGGACGCGAUUUUUUUUAAUCGUUUUUAAUUGUUCCUCUUUUAUUUUGAACAGUUUUUCAUUCACGGGUCUCCUUUUUAACGGGAAUCAGACGCUAGCUAGUCUGUAAACUAGCACAGUCUAUUGAAAAUGGGUUUACACCCGUUGGAGUUCAGUGAAUGUUACCUGGACAGUCCUGCUUUCAGAGAGAAAAUCAAAGCACAUGAAGCCGAGUUGGACAAAACCAGCAGAUUUAUCAAAGAACUAUACAAAGAUGGGAAGAAUCUCAUCAAUGCCAUAAAACAGCUUUCCUUGGCCCAGAGGAAGUUUGCUCAGUGCCUGGGUGAGUUCAAAUUUGAGUACAUCGGUGAUGCCAAAACUGACGAUGAGAAGUGCAUUGAUGAAUCCAUGCAAGAGUUUUCCUCCUUUCUCCGAAACUUGGAAGACCAAAGGGAGCUGAUGAUGAGAAACAUCACAGAGACCCUGAUGAAGCCUUUAGAAAAGUUUCGGAAAGAACAGCUCGGCUCAGCAAAGGCAGAGAGAAAGAGGUACGAUAAGGAAACCGAGAAAUACUACAGCUCACUAGAGAAACUUUUAAACAUGUCAGCAAAGAAGAAGGAGCCACAAUUACAGGAGGCAGAUGUGUCAGUGGAGGUGAUGAGACAACAUUUUCAGGAGUCAUCUCUGGAGUAUGUGUGCAAACUGCAGGAGAUACAAGAGAGGAAAAAGUUUGAGUGUGUUGAGCCUAUGCUGGCAUUCUUUCAGACUGUAUUUACUUUCUAUCAUCAGGGAUAUGAAUUGGCCAAAGAUUUUGACCACUACAAAAAGGCACUUCAAAUCAAUAUUCAAAAUACACGGAGUCGUUUUGAGGGUGCACGCUCUGAGGUGUAUGAGCUAAUGAAGAGAAUCAAGGAGUCACCGCUUGAGUACAGACAGACUAGCCCCAUCAGCAGCGAGGGCUAUCUUUACAUACAGGAGAAACGACCUCCUCCUUUUGGAUCCAGCUGGGUGAAACGGUAUUGCACUUUUGUCAAAGAACAGAAAAUUCUUCACAUGAUCACAUUUGACCAGAGAUCAGGGGGCAAGCUUGGUGAGACGGACUCCGUCACACUUAAGUCUUGUGUCCGCAAAACCACAGACAUGCUUGACAGGAGGUUCUGCCUAGACAUAGAGAUCACAGAUCGACCAGGCACAGUGGUGACUGUCCAGGCACUUUCAGAAGAUGACCACAGAUUCUGGAUGCAUGCGAUGGGAGGAAAGGAGCCAAUGCAGUAUCUCAACAGGACGCAUUCAAGAGAAAGAGGAAUUGAUGCCCAGCUGGAUGACGUGGGGAUAAACUUUGUGAAAAAUUCAGUAAAUGCCAUUGAGUCCAGAGGUAUUAAUGAUCAGGGUCUGUACAGAGUGGUCGGGGUCAGUUCAAAGGUACAGAAGCUUCUCAUUUUAAUGAUUGAUGAGAAGAGCAGUGAAGUAGAUUUAGCAGCCAGUGAGGAAUGGGAUGUAAAAACAAUCACCAGUGCUUUAAAACUUUACCUGAGGAGCCUUCCAGAGCCUCUAAUGACAUACGAGCUGUAUAAGGAGUUCAUCGUCCCUGCAAAGAGAGGUAGUCCAGAAUCUAGAGUUCAGGCCAUUCACUGUCUGGUUCACAAACUGCCAGAGAGGAACAGAUUAGUGCUCAGUCUGGUUACCAAGCAUCUCGCCAACGUUGCUGCCAACAGUAAACAGAACCUGAUGACAGUGGCGAACUUGGGUGUGGUUUUUGGCCCCACACUCAUGAGGCCGCAGGAAGAAACAGUGGCAGCCAUCAUGGACCUCAAGUUCCAGAACAUUGUGGUGGAGAUUCUUAUAGAACAGCAUGAAAAGAUAUUUGGGGAUGCUCCAAGCAUCUCUCCAUCCUUAGCAACUACGCCCCUCUCCGCUCCAACCAGACAAUCCAAGAAGGUCAGCCGACAGAAUCGCCCACUGGCCGUGUACAACCCGCAGGUGCUGGAUAUUCAAAAAGUUGCUCUGGCGGCUAUCUCUCCAUCCUCUGAGAGUCCAGUCCUGGCUAAUGAUGAGACAUCAGUGGGCAGUAAUGAGUCGGUCUCCUCCCAGUCCUCUAACGCCUCUGGAACACCCCCCGAGAAAUCUAAGAAUUCUCACAGCACCAUUAACAUGUCCCUGCCAGAGAGUACUGGAGUAUGUACUGCCACAGCAUCAUGGAUGAAUUCAGCCUCCCCUGCUUCACUUACACCGAUGAAACCUGGAUCAGUGGGAACGGAGAAGAAUAAACCUGAGGAAAGUGUCACCCUCAUGAAAGCAAAGGCUGUGUACCCCUGUGAGGCUGAACACGAUUCUGAACUCUCUUUCCAAGUUGGGGCAAUCUUCCACGACGUGUCUCUCUCCAGGGAGCCCGGAUGGCUGGAGGGUGUCCUGGAGGGAAAGCGAGGACUCAUCCCUGAAAACUAUGUGGAGAUACUGUAACUCGGAAAAUCCUCACACUGCUCUUUAUAUACAUGGUAUCCAUGGUCUCGGCUCUUUCACUAUCAUACUGCUCAUCACUCCUUUAGCCCUCUCCACGCUAAAGACAUUGAGAGGGUUUUGUAUACUGUAUCAAACACAUGUUGCUAGCACAGGUAUUACAUAAGUUAAAAUGUAAGCUAGGAUGUGUUAUAUACAUAUACAAAAAGACUGCACUUUUUGUCACCCAAAAGGUUACUUUCAAUUUGGAAAUGAAAAUAUGGUUUUGUGUGGGGAAAACAUUGAAAUGUCUUUGUGACUCGUGUUGUCCUUUUUUUAAAUUGCAUGUCUCGUGAUUUUAGAAGAAUAGUUUGGAUUUUUCAGCAUUAGUGCACACCAACAUGGUUUUAUUUAAUAUUUUCAAGUUGACAAUGCCUUUAAUUGGGCAUAUAUAAUGAUGUAUAAAAGUACAUAUGAGGAUAAUGUUGAGCACAAUAUUAUUACAGUGCAGUGACCAUUAUCACUUUAAAAUAAUCAGUUUUGCUUCUUGGUUGGUUUGAACACCUUAGUGCUUACCUGUUAUUGAUAUUGUCUAUUGAAAUUAAUUGUGAUCAGUUAAACCUUUGUCCAAAAGUUAAACUAAUGCUGUGCCUUAAUGUUAUUUUGCAUGGCAUGCGUGACGCUGUUCAAUACUUUGAACACGGCAAUUUAUUUUUUUCUUUUUUUUUUUUAAUUCUAUGCAUAAGCUUUAAUGAUUUUAUGUUGAAGAACACAUGCAAUAAUAAAUAAACGUAAAGACAAUUACCCUUGCUAUGACUUCCAAUGAAAUUUGCCAAGUCUUACAUCUGUGUUGUGUAUACAUAAUUAUUUUCUUCCCUGACACUUGAAAGCCAAGCAUGUGUGUCCUCUUAAAUGGUUAAAGGUUUUAAAGUUUACCACAUGCUUUUUGCAGAGACUCUCACAAUGGCAGGACUUUAGCAAUGUUUAAUGAGAAAAAUUUCAUUUUUCCAAGAGUUUUUGUUGCAAAGGUUUGUAUUUGUGACAGAGUGUACCUGCUGUAAUGUAAGACAGUGAUUAAGGCCUCUGCAAAGGUCUUGCCAUCAAUAUAAUUUUGUGAUGUCGGAUCUCCUGUUGAUCAAUGUUAGAUAAAUAAAGUGGUUUAUUCUUAUA